ACAGCCACAGCAAGGCCAGUUCGCUUGUCGCGUUCCAAGGUUUGUUUGGUUGAUUCACACACAGUACGAGACUGGCAAAAAGUGAAUCGCUUUAUGUCCCGCUUGUCCGCCUGUUUCAGCGCAGUAAGUGCAUGUAGUGCAUAACAAGAUUGCAUCUCCUAUUAUGAGAUGCGUUCUGCAUAGGGUGUGCUUCGUGAGUUCUAGCUUGUCUGUGCUCUCCGCUUUUGACCGCUGUUAACACCAAUCGCUCGCGAAACCGAGCGCCCUCAACGGGAUCCGGGCAGACACAACAACAGUACAACAGUACAGUGCAAAGCCCAGUAAUCACAACAAGGAUGUGAAGUGCUAUCGCUAUGAAUGAUCAUUGUUGAAUGGAAAAGUCUUCAGCGUACGGCGCAAUACGUCUGACGCAAAGGGUGUUAGUGCUCCCUGUGUGUGUGUGUGUGUGCUUUUGUUUUGUAUGUGUGUACCAUUUGUCUCCCUUUUUACCCUUACACCACAAUUGAGCACGAUCAGUGAAUGAUCCAUGGUGCUCCACCGUCGAAAAGGUUCCUCAUUGGCCGUCUGUGUGUAGUGUGCUUGUGUGCUUGUGUGUGUGUGUGAUUGAUAGGACACGUUCUUAUCAACUGGCAGCAAAACCCGCGUGUUCCGUGGCGCGAAGAACGCAGCAAUAUCAUAAGCCGAUCGCCGAAAAGGGCACCAACACCCCACGAUGGACACCACCGUCGUCGUCGAUCAAAAAGGCAACGCUGGCGGACUACCGAUCAAGCUGCCAGGUGCCCCACUGAAUGCACCCAUGAUCGAUACGACCGAGGACCCACAUCCGAGCCUGUCCGACUGGCACGACUACGAACCGAACCUGGAGUUUGAUGACACCGAACUGUCCCACCCAUCGCCAGAACCCGGAACGACCACCGUGUUCGAUGAUAUCAACUAUUCCGCCGAAUUUGAAAUCCCAUCCGAGGACGAAAUCAUCAAAACCACACUCGAAGCGGACAACUACGAGGAACAGCUAACGAUGGUUGGGCACGACGAGAACGCCAUCCGGAAGGAUUUCAAGCGGCGAAAAUUCAUCGAAUUCAUCGGCACGGAUAAGCAGGGUCAGCCGAUUAUUGCGAUCUACGCCUGCCGGUUACCGGAACGGAAAGAUUUAAAUUCGAAUAUUUUUAUUGAUUUUAUCAUCAAAUCGAUGGAAGAAUUCGUCCAGAAUGACUACAUCAUCGCGUACUUCCACCAGGGCAUGAAGGAUAACAGCAAACCAGCGCUCCAGUUCCUGUGGAAUUCCUACAAAGAGCUCGAUCGAAGCUUUAAGAAGAAUUUAAAGAAACUUUACGUGGUCCACCCAACCACCUUCAUCAGGAUGGUGUGGUUCUUCUUCAAACCGAUCAUCAGCGAAAAGUUCAAGAGCAAGCUGAUCUACACGAGCAGUCUGGACGAGCUGAAGCAAUCGCUCGGCCUCAACACACUGAAGGUGCCGGAUCCAGUGCGAGAAUUCGACGAAAAGAUCAACAACGGCACACGGUACACGCUGCGGGGCAGUAAAUCUAGUCUGAAGAGUAGCCGGUCACUCGAGAACCUGCCGAAGUCGGCCCAGUUCGGUGUGUCGUUACGGUUCAUCAUCGAAAAUAGCGCCUGCCUCAACUGCAUACCGCCGAUCGUGCGAAAGUGCGUCGACCAUCUGUCACUACCGGACGUGGUCGAAACGGAGGGCAUUUUCCGACGGUCGGGCAACUACGCCCGAAUAAAGGAGCUACGGGCCAACAUCAAUGCCGGCGAGGAGGUACAGCUGUCCAGCGAAGAUACGCACGUCGUUGCCUCGCUGCUGAAAACCUUCCUCCGCGAGCUCGAGGAACCGCUGCUCACCUACGAACUGUACGAGGACAUUACCCAGUUCGGCGAGUGGAAAACGGAGGAGCAACGGUCGCGCAACGUGAAGCAGCUGCUGCGCGAACGGCUGCCGGAAGAGAACUACGAACUGUUUAAGUACAUCGUCGAGUUUCUGGGCAAAAUUAUGGAGCGCAAAGAUUUCAACAAAAUGACCUCCUCCAACCUGGCGAUCGUGUUCGGUCCGAACCUGAUCUGGCCCAAGCAGGAGCAGAUGUCGCUGGACGAGAUCGGGCCGAUCAAUGCGUUCAUCGACUACGUGCUCCAGCACCAGGACGACAUCUACUUUGUGGACAUCAACAAAAAGGAUCGCGGUACGUACGAUUAACAGCGGUUGAUCUAAGAGGCCGCACGGGGAGCCAUCUUAGGCCAAACAAACAAACAAACAAAAACACACAUUGGAACGGAAACAUUCUAUUUCUCAAAGCGAUAAAUACCAAGUAUAUCAUAGCUGUUUCUUUUUUUGUCUGUGAGUGCCGUGUCGUGUGUCCGUAGAGAUGUGACCGAGUGGUCAGCUCAUAAGUAGUAAUUGCAACAACAGAAAAAUGUGUUAGGCUUUAAGGGAUUGACGAGGAUCGAAGGGAAGAAUGAGACUGUUUAUAGUGCGCGGUAGCGAGCACAGCUGUUUGAUAUAGUGAUUUAGUGCAAUCGGACGGAGAAAGGGAAGGAUUUGUUUGAAAGCAAGGGAAGUCUUUGGGGUUGAAGUUGGCUUUCCGUUUCCCCUCUUUUCCUUCCAUUUGUUCUAGGUUUUAAAAAGAGCGAGAGAAAGAGAGAGAGUGUGUUUGUACGAUGAUUUUAAAAUGAAAUUGAACCAGAGUAAGAGUGUGUAGUUAGCGUGUACAUUGGGGUUCAGUUGAGGAAUUGAGGUUAUAUUGUAAACUGUAUAAAGUAGCGCGAUGAUAAUAUAGUGCAGUCGGCAAGACAGAAAGGGAGAGAGAGAGCGAGAGCGAGUCAGAGAGAAAUAUGAAUUGUUGAUCAUUUACUAUUAAUAUUAUUUCUUUUUUAGCGGAAUAAAUUCUAACAAGCAGAGCUAGGAGAGUAGGAAAAUAGGGAACGGGAAGGAAAAUAGUAAAGCAUGUUGAAUGUUAACCAUACACAACAAACAAGGAAACAAACAACCCAAAUGGGGGGGUGGGGGGGGGGUGUCUGAUUUAGCACCGGAUGCAUAUCCUCGUAGAGGGACAAACCAAAGAAAGUGAAGAUGGAGGUGUAGCGAAAGCGAAUGAAAAAAGCAACAAGAAACACACAGGCACACAGGCACAAAGCAAUUUCGGGGGAAAACUUCAAUUUCCCGCCCCGUCCGCCGUACAAACGCCAACCUUAGGGUAUGUCCAUUUCAGCAGCAUUUUACACACAUUAACGAUUCCCUAGCGUGAGGCAUUCAAUAGAAGUGGAGAAAGAAAAAAAUCCACACGAAGGCCAAAACACACACACAAUUUUAAUCGAAAUUUUUAAUACAUACUAUACAUAACAAUAAUAUAAUGUCAGGACCACCACUAGGAAUUGGGAGGAAAGUGUGGAGUGGGCGCUGCGUUUUGAUUGUGUUGAGGUGUUAAAACUAGUGAUGUGCAAACUGAAUCAGAAUCAGAGAGAAUGACUUCAAUCUUAGCAAUGAAUUAGAUGAUUUAAAUCAUCACGAAGCGUUAUUUCAACUCACCUUUGAUUUAACUCUCCGUGCCGACUAGCCACUAGCUCACCUCGUUUUAACUCACUCAUGAGUUAAAUAUCUCAUUGGUGAUUUAACGCUCCGUGCCGACUAACCACUCACUCACCUCGUUUUUACUCACUAGAGAGUUAAAUAUCGUAUUGGCAUAUAGCAUUAACAAAGUUUUGCCCAAAGGUCGCUUUGAUAUCAUAUAAUAACUGACGAGCAGUAUAGUUGAAAAUUUUAGUGCGGCCGUACACACAAGCAAAAGCAAUCUACAUAGUCCCUUUUAAAAUAAUUUUCUUUUUGAACAAUCUAUCCUUACGGCUCGUUACCGUUUGUAUUUUCUUAAAUCAUUGUGUGAUCGUGACCAACGUGCGAUAUGCCAAUACGAUAAUUUAACUCUCAAGUGGGUAAAAACGAGAUGAGUGAGUAAAACCGAGGCGAGUGAGUUAAAACGAGGUGAGUGAGUAGAAACGAGGUGAGUGAGUGGUUAGUCGGCACGGAGAGUUAAAUCACCAAUGAGUUAUUUAACUCAUGAGUGAGUUAAAACGCAGUGAGUGAGUGGCUAGUCGGCACGGAGAGUUAAACCAUUAUUCAAGAAUAAACUCGUAAAGAGUGAGUAUGAGAUGUAACUCACUAUUAUAACUCACUCACUCUGAUUUAAUUCACGCUACUGAGUGGUCAUUCCCAUCACUAGUUAAAACCGCGAAGCAUUCACUCAUGUAAAAGCUCCCCAAAAGCGAGACCAUUUGCAAACCAAUCUGGACACACGGAAAAGAGAAACGUUGGGGCGUGUGUGGGUGGGUGAGGAUGCGGCGUGCAGGCAACUACUACAAGUAUUAAAACUAAAAUCAAUUAUUCGAUGAUAGCGAAGGACAGCAACUAACCUAUAUCAAAAACCAUCCAAUCAAUCAAUCCAGUAAAAGCGUACUCUGCUCUAGCCCUUGUCGUGUACACGCACACCAGAGACACCCGAGCUAGGCCGGAAGCCCUGGUGGCGACUGCCUUCCCGGGGGAGGAUCAUCAACGUUUAACACAAAAACAGAACAAAAUCAUAUUGAGAUUCAAAACAAACGUAAAUCAAUAAAUUAAUUUACACGUGUAAUAA